AUGGCAGUGAGAACCGAUCAAAAAUUUCCCCACAAAAUGGAGAUCGGAUGCUUUAGCUUAAACCCAGAAGCCCCAGAGUUUUUCCCAACAAGAUACACUUUGGUUCCAGGUCCUAGUUUUCCCAUUUUACAAACCAUAAACGCACCCUAUAAUCUCCUCUAUUAUUAUCUACCUCUUCAGUACCCCUUUGCUUUCACUGCUCCACCACCACCACGCCACCAAAAUGCAGUACUACCCCAUUCCUCGUCGCCGGAGAGAGAUGUUGUGCUGGUGGCUGAACCGUUCAAGGUUAAGAAGGGUUUCAGUAGAAAUAAGUAUCAUUGGAAAGGUAGAAGAGGCUGCGGUGCUGCUGCUCGAGCAGCUCGUAAGAAAGAAUGGAGGGCUAAGCCUGGUUUUAAUGGUGAUGAUGAUGAUGAUCAAGCUUCGUUUGAGUGUACAAGGAAGGUUCAAUAUUGGGCUGGUGGUGAGAAACAACCAUUGAUUCCACUCCAAUCUGGUGGCAGUGAGACGACGAUCAUGAUCAAGAACAUUCCCGUCAGAUACACAAGAGAGAUGUUGAAGGAAUUUCUUGACCAGCAUUGCAUGGUUACAAAUCGAGAGGCAAAGUCCAAUGCAAAUAAUGAAGAACCUUCAUUGUCAGCUUAUGAUUUCUUGUAUCUUCCUAUAGACUUUGUCACUAAAUCAAAAAGAGGCUACAUAGAUACAUGCAUUUCUUGCAAUUUCUUCCCUUUACCUUGGUUCACCAUUGUUGCAGCACCAGGUCAAACAAAGGCUAUGCUUUUGUAA